AGUGUUGGUGUAUAUAAGGCAGGUGUGGAGGGUUGGAGAGUCUCAGUCAGACUUGUUACACUACUUCAGUCUCUCAACACACCAUCACCAUCAUGUCCAUCGCUGGCACUUACGUCCACAGCUCUAACGAGCUCUACUCUGAGUGGCUGACCGCCCUGGGAGUACCAGCUGACAGUCUAGCUAAGUUGGUAGCUGCGAAACCUACUCUGGAAGUGAGCCAGAGUGGUAAUCAGAUAGUGGUGAAGACCACAGCUGGUGACAAGAACUUCACCAAUACUAUCAAACUGGGCGAAGACUCCAAGGCUGAACUACCAGGAGGCAUAGAGUACACUGUGAACAUGACAAAGAGUGGGUCAUCGCUGGAAGGUACAUGGACCAUGGGUGGCAAGACUGGAAAGGCCACAGUCACGUUUACAGACUCUGGCGUCACACAGACUAUGGCCCUGGGUGACGUUACAGCCAAGAGGGUGUACACUCGCCAGUAACAUUCCCCAGCAUCAGUAACAAGGAUCACUCCUCUACUUCAACAGCAACACCCCAGAAUCUUGUUUCCUGACUAAUGAAACCAGUGCACCAAUUCAGUAAUCUCUCCAGUAAAACUUCAGUUUCAUAGAUGGAGAACUGAAGCAAAUAAUAAACUAUGAACCCAUCCCCCCACUUCAGUAGCACUGCUGUGACUCCAGUAGCGAUGCUGUGACCACUGAACCUCUACUGUCUAACUUCAAUACUUUACAUAAAAUAAAUAUUAAUGCUCAUA